AUGCCUCCACCUCAAGCAUCUUCAACAGACAAUGCAAUGGAUGCCGAUGCCGUGCGUGUACCCCUCAUGCUGGUGGUAGCACUCACCAUGGCGUAUGCAGCUCUUAUCCCGCUCGCCAUCAUCAUCACAAUUAUCUUUCGUCUGCGCAAUGUCGGUCGAAGGCCAAAGAACUACCCUCCUGGGCCGCCAACGCUGCCUAUCAUCGGGAAUCUGCACCAGAUACCGCCGAAGAACCAGCAUGUUCAAUUCAAAAAGUGGUCAGAGGAGUACGGACCCAUCUAUUCCCUCAUUCUGGGAACCAAAGUUAUGAUCGUGCUCUCAUCCGAUCGAGCCGUCAAAGAUUUGUUGGACAAGCGUAGCGGUAUCUAUUCAUCUCGCAGUGAAUUUUACCUCGGCAACUUGGUCAGUGGAUAUCUGCGUGUUGUCCUCAUGGAGUACGGUGAGACAUGGCGCAUGAUACGUAAGAUUGUACAUUCUGUCCUCCACAUCAAUGCCUCGAAAGGCUAUGUUCCAUAUCAAGACCUCGAAAGCAAGCAGAUGUUGUGCGGCAUUUUGGAUCAGCCACAAUUCUUCAUUGACCACAUUCGCCGGUUUACCAACUCUCUUACCACACAGAUGGUGUUUGGAUUCAGAACCAUCGACAUUCAUGAUGAGGAUCUGAAGAAGCUGUACCACUGCGUCGAAAAAUGGAGUGAUGUUAUGGCCUCGUCUGCUGCAGCGACCCUAGAGGUCUUUCCUAUACUGAGGAAGUUGCCCGACUUCAUGCUUCCCAUGCGGCGCUAUGCUCAGGAACUACAUAAGGAAGAAAAAAUAUUCCAAGGCAAGUCUCGCCAAAUCCCGGUGUCCAUGCAAUAUCAAAAAACUAAUCCAGAACAGCCUUGCGCCUGUGUUGAGAUUGUUGAGGGUCAAAAGGCCUAUGGAUUCUCCGAUGAUCUAGCGGGAUACAUUUGUGGCUCCCUUCAUGAGGCUGGGUCUGAUACUACAGCUGCCACACUCACUGGCUUCGUGCAAGCCAUGGUCUUAUACCCAGAAGUUCAGAAGAAAGCCCAAUCUGAACUCGAUAGGGUCUGUGGUAACAACAGACUCCCAACGAUAGACGAUUGGGACGCUAUGCCUUAUAUCCGCGCAUGUAUAAAGGAAAAUUUACGCUGGAUGCCCACAACUAUCACCGGAUUCCCGCAUUGCGUCAUCCAAGAUGAUGAAUAUAUGGGUUACAAAAUCCCCAAAGGAGCAGGAGUAAUGUUAAAUGUAUGGGCCCUCAAUAUGGACGCAAAUAGAUAUAGCAAUCCCCGUGCCUUCGAUCCGUCACGGUAUGAAGGAGAUGACCAGACAUCCGCCGAGGCGGCGAUGAAUGGCGACGCCAGCAAGAGGGACCACUUCAACUUCGGGGCUGGUCGCCGCGUUUGCCAAGGGAUGCACAUCGCUGAUCGGUCGCUGUUCUUGAGUAUCUCCAGGUUACUGUGGGCGUUCAACAUCGAAAAGGGCGUUGAUUCUCGAGGGGUUGAGAUCGUACCUGACCCCGAAGACCUCACUGGAGGGAUCUUGAUGCAGCCGAGUCCCUUCCCAGCGAAGAUAACUCCAAGAAGUAAAACACAUGAAGGGGCCAUUCGAAGGGCGUGGGAUGAUUGCCAACCGCUUCUUGAUGACACAAAACAGUGGAAGGAGGUCCCCGAUGGAAUGGUUUUCAAAACUCAUAUGCCGUCAGAGCUGAAAGAUUGA